AUGAACACCAAAACAUCGGUCCAGUCCUCGCACGCAGCCAUGUCGUCGUCUGAAGAGUCAAAGCACGAUCCCGAGUCGGGCCGCAUCGUCGAGAAACAGAGCUUCUACACCAGGUGCCUGAAGGAGGUGGACAACAAGCGCGCGUACAUACCUAUGCUCGUGUGCUGCUUCGUGUCGGGUCUGACAGAUGGCACAAUCUACAAUGCCUACGGAACUUUCGUUUCCAUGCAAACAGGAAACACGAUUUUCGUUGCGCUCGGUACCUCUGGUUUCAACAACAAGCCCUACGGUUGGGCGCGCUCGCUAUGCUCGAUCGGAUUCUUUAUAAUCGGCUCGUUUUGCUUUGCGCGCCUCGCAAUGCUCCUCGGAGGCAAGCGCCGCGGAGUCUUGGGCCUCUCAUUCUUUUCCCAAUCCGUCUUGGUCAUGCUGGCCGCCGCCUUGAUUCAAGGGGGCGUCAUUGACGGAUCGUACCCUUCGCAUCGUGCCCCCGGAUCCGUCGACUUCAAGGAGAUUGCCGUUAUUGCUCUGCUGAGUUUCCAGGCAGCCGGGCAGAUUGUUUCGAGCCGCACGCUGUCGGUGGGCGAGAUCCCGACCGUCGUCGUCACUAGCAUGCUGUGCGACCUCAUGUCGGACCCGGCUCUGCUCGCCUGGGCCAAGAACGACAAGCGCAACAGGCGCUUCGUGGCUUUUGUCCUUACGCUCGUGGGUGCCAUCUGCGGUGGCUGGAUCUCCAAGGCAUCGGGUGCCGUGCAGCCGUCCCUCUGGACUGUGGCUGGUAUCAAGCUGGUUCUGGCAAUCAGCUGGUUAUUUUGGACGGAGAAAUGA